AUGCCGGCCAUGCUAGAUGACCCGGCAAGCCCCACCAUUUACCGAGUGUCCGGGACAACGCCGUAUCCGGACCCGAUGAAGCCCGAGCUACCGGCCGACAUCGUCCCGCGUCAAGUGACACUUCGCGAUCGUCAGACCGUCGCCACAAUCAUUCCCUUUGCAUCGCGCCAUGAGGUGCCCCAAUCCCUGGUGCGCUACCUCAGCGACCAACUCAACAAGGAAAUCGAGGGCGGCGACACGUACCCGAUGAUGGAGACCAUGACCGCCGACAAGUUUGGCGCCUACUGGUUCCAGAACUUUGGCGCCAUAAUGCUCCUGGGCAACAUUGAACAUGCCGAUCUCACCAAUGACAUGGACUGGUCCAGGGAGUGUCUCGGGAGCUUCUACAUCAAACCUAACUACCCCGGCCGCAGCAGCCACGUGUGCAACGCAGGAUUCCUCGUCACCGACGCCUCCCGCAACCGCGGCGUCGGCCGCCUGAUGGGCGAAUGCUACAUUGACUGGGCGCCCAAGCUGGGCUACACCUACUCUGUCUUCAACCUCGUCUACGAGACCAAUGUCGCGUCGUGCAAGAUUUGGGACGCCCUGGGCUUCAAGCGCAUCGGCCGCGUCAAGGGCUGCGGCAACCUCAGCUCGUACCCGGGCACGCUCAUCGACGCCAUCAUCUACGGGCGCGACCUCGUCCCCGGCGAGUCGGAGGAUCUCGUGAGUGAAGAGCGUUUCGAGAAGAUCAAGUUUUACCUAAAGUACGGACGGUAUCCGGCGGGUGCUGACCGCGCCGAGAAAAGCAGGCUCCGGAGCGCGGCGACGCAUUAUAAGCUGCUCGAGGUGGAGGGCGGCGGCGACCGGCUGAUGCUCAAGGACAAGGAGGUCGUCCCGGACCCGCGGCGGCAGUACGAGAUUGCGCGCGAGGUCCACGCCGCGGGCCACGGCGGCAUCAACAAGACGACCGCCACCAUUGCCGAAAAGUACCACUGGAGCCGCAUCAAGGAGACGGCGAGCGACGUUAUUAGGAACUGCUCCGAGUGUAAGGAGCUCGGCAAGACGCCUGUACCGGGUGGUAAUGGGGGCGCCAAGGGGAGGUCGGCGGCAGCGUUGGCGGCGGCGGCCGCCGCUGCUGCCGCUACCGCACCUGCACCAGCCGGCCCGACGACCACAGUUUCCUCCCUGAACAAUUCCUUUCAUCACAAUCAUUCUACAUCACCGCCACCGCCGCCACCCCCUUCCACAGUCAUCAGCGCCGCAGACCGCGUCCUCUCGCUCCAACACCAACACCAACACCACCACCUCCCACCCCUCUCGCCACCACGGUCCUCGCCCUACGCGGAAGUCACCUCAAUACCACCGUCCCACACCCUCCGCGACCCGUCCGCGUCGCCCUUACCGCGCCAUCCGCACCACAACCCCAUGUUACAAGACGAAUCUUUCCAGCCCAUUGACCCGCAAAUCAUUGGCGGGCCACCGCCGACGUCGCAUCAUCAUGACCCGUAUAACCCCUAUCACCCGCACCAUACCGACUUCCAGGCGCUGCUCAACGCGACGGAGGCGGAGGAGGAUGAGGAGGAGACGGCGGAGGAGGCGGCGGCGGUGGAUCGGGAUUUGGAUAUGUUGAUUGAGCAAGGGGACGACGAUGACGAGGGCGUGGAUGGGGAUACGGCGAUGGGGGAGAAGGAUGGGAGGGACAAGGACGUGUACUCUAUAGGGCACCCAGCCUCUGCGGUGUUCCUCUGCCAUCUCAACUGUGGGCACGGAGCCGAGCGCCGGCCGGAUGGCAGCUGGUGGGUUACAAUCGGCGGGGGGCCGGGGGCGGGUCACAUCCGUUCGGAAGGUGGCGGGGCGCACUAA